GAUGCAGGAUGAGGAGGGCUACACGGUGCUGAACCUGCAGCGCAGGACGGGCAGCUCCCGCAGCCCACGUCCGGCGGGAAGCCCAGGUCCUGAGCCGAAUCGACGUUGGCAUCAAAUUGCUUUGUGGUCUGGAUGGACUGUAAGCAUCAUCCUAGGGAUGGCUGUGAUAAGGAUGGCGCUUUGGGACAACUGUGGUAACUCCAGGACCCCAGGACCUGGAAGUGGAAACACGGCAGCCACCAUGGCCAGUGCGUGUCAGGAGCAGGUCCGAUCUGACUUGAUCCAGAGCCUGUGCCCCCCACCCCAGCACAGCUCGGCAGAGGGCCCUGGCUGCAGACUCUGCCCCGUGGACUGGCGGCUGCAUGGGGACAAGUGCUACUGGGUCUCCACAAAACCAAAGUCCUGGAGUGAGAGCCGAGAGGACUGUGCAGCCAGGAGCUCCCAGCUGCUGCUGAUCCAGGACCGGGAGGAGCUGGACUUCAUGAAGAGCCUGACACUAGCAAACAAACACUUCUGGAUCGGCCUGUCCGUUCCCUCCCCAGAGAAAGGCUGGACCUGGCUGAACGGCUCCCAGCUCAAUCCAGCUGUGCUGCCAGUGCCCGGCCUGCCUGAGGGGAAGGUCUGUGGGGCAGUGAGUGGGAAUCAGAUUCAGUCUGAAUCCUGCAGCACAGGAUUUCUGUGGAUUUGCCAGAAAGACGCCGUCCUGAUCCAGCUGCGGCUCUGA